AUGUUAUUUUAAAGUCAUAUAAGAAAUUAUUUUCAAAGGUUUAAUAGGUAUAUACUCAAUGUACUGCUAUCUAUAUUCUAUGCCGUUGUUACGAUAGCUAAGCUAACAUCAACAGACAACGGUAGUUUAAAUUCUUGUCAAUUGUAUAUUUUCUUGUAACUACGAAUAUUUUGAAAUAUAUCAUCACUAAAAUGGACAAAAGACGCAUGAAUCUGCAAAGAACAAAUAAUGAGAAGAGCUUCUCAGUAAUGUCUGCUCCAUCAUCGGCAUCCGCACGGAAUAUGAAAAUACCUCUACGUCCCAUCAAGAUCGACAACAUUUAUGAAAUGUCAUUCGGCGUCCAGUAAGUCUGAAACCAGUGUCUCCAACGCUAGUACUCCAGUAGAAACGCCUCAACAACAGGUUGUUUACGGUGGUGCGUCAAGUAAGUCUAAAACCAGUGUCUCCAAUGCUAGUACUCUAGUAGAAACGCCUCAACAACAGGUUGUUUACGGUGGUGAGUCAAGUAAGUCUAAAACCAGUGUCUCCAACGCUAGUACUCCAGUAGAAACGCUUCAACAACAGGUUGUUUACAGUCAGUUUCUAAGAACUAUGCUAGAAGAUUGUUUGAUAGACCAGAAGAUUAAGCGGGAAGAGAACCAGUUGGAUGUUCAGAUGGCUCAAUUGUCUAGUAGAUUUAUGGAUCAUAUACAGCAGAUAGAGAAAACUAAUCGUCGUUUAAAGGAUAUAUUAUUUGUUGUGGAGCAACAGAGGCUAUUGGAUCUUAAGACUCAAGAUUGUACAAAAUUUCAUGAACUAACCGAGCAAUCCGAUGUACAGAGUGUAAUGAAGCACCUAGCUACCACAGAGCAAGCUUGCUUAGAUAGAUUAGAAGCAAAAAAUGUAGACUUUGGUUAUAAUAAGGAAUCGGGUCACAAGCAGCUCCUGGAUGCAGUUAAUGAUGCGAUAGAUGGAUUGGAACAGAUAAAAAAACACUCAGAUCUGGACAUGGACAAGUUUAAAGAAUUUGAAAAGACACUAAAGUGUUUGGAUGAUCUAGAGAAAGAUAGAUCAGAUUUAUCAAUGUUGAAGAACGAGUUUGAUGAGAUGAUGGAUGGUGAUGUUAAUUUGUAGCCUCAAAAUUGUCAUAACAUCAAACACACAUAAAACUGCAGACUGGAUUUGGUGUUAAAAUACAAACUUUAUGGAGUGCAACUAAUAUACUAAGACGGAUGCUUUAUCUCAGUGAGUGAGUCAGAAAUCAAGGUGUGUCGGAGAAUCAGCCUUUUUUUUAAUAUCUGCAAGCAGUCCACAAUUUAUUAUUUCAUUUAAAAAUUAUCGCUAUGUAGAUAAUAUCACCUUAUUUUCUUUGAUAACAAUGAAACAGAUAUUGAGUGUCAUAUAUUUUGUUUAUGUGUGUUUAAUGAAUUUGUAUUAAUAUAAUAUAAUAUUGACACACUUUUUACACAAAUUAUCUUGCCCCUAGUUAAGCAUAUAUAGCCUGUGUUAUGGGUUACAAGACAAUGAUAUAUUUAAUACAAUAUACUUACUUAAACAUACAUAAAUACAUUUAAACAUGCAUAAAUCGGAAACAAACUAAAUAAAUAAUAAGUAAAGGGUUAUUAAUAUA